AUGAGUGCCCACCACCUUGCCACGUCAAUCGUAGUGCUACUAGGUGGAGGUCAUGCUGCAGGGAAAAGAACUGCAGCAUUGUCGAUAAGAGAUCAACUUCACUCUACGAUGCAAGAGUUUCCGAUUGAUGUGCAAAUAAUCAACAUGAAUGAGUAUACUGAUCAUGAGAAAUCAUCUGUUGAUCCUAGCCAAUUCCCAAGUUCCAAAUCAGCAGCGAUCACAGUUAAAAAGGAAGAAAAAUACAAAUUCCCCAUAUUGAAGCCAUCCAGAUUCAAUUUUGAAAAGCUAAAACAUGAUUUGAGAAGGUUAGAUCAGUCGAGCAUCACGCAAAAGAUAGUGUUAGUGCACGGAUUGUAUGCCCUUUACGACAAAGAGCUACGAGACAUGGCUCAUAUCAAGGUGUUUAUAGAUAGUGACGCCGAUACGCGGUUGAUAAGAUGGAUUCGAAGGGAUGUGCUAGAAGGCAAGACCGAAAACUUGGAGACUGUGAUCAAUGCGUACUUGUUGGGUGCUCGGGUCGAAAUGAGUGAUUACAUCUUCCCCACCAAGGAGUUUUGUGAUGUUAUAAUGCCAAAGGGCCCCGAACCAAACUCAGUCAGCCUAGUGAUUGACGGAAUUUUGCUUUAUGUGUCAAAGAACCACCAACCACAACGCACAGAUCUCCCGUCAAACUAUCUUAGACCAAGUGAGAUUGGAAACUUUGAGAAGGAAAGGUUUGAUAUUCAAAAGAACAAGUUUUACCAACUUAAUUAG